UAACUGUAACUGCCUGCUUUGUCUGCACCUGGCUUGGCCCUGCCUGCCUGAUUCACUACCAGCAGUGGUGGUAUGGACGGACCAUGACAGGCAGACAUGUAACUGCUACAUGCUAGAUGACACAGAAAUAGAUUUCUAACUGGUUAAAUAAAGACCAUCAUCAUCAUGGGAGAUAAUGUAAGUAAGGCAGUCUGGUAUCAAGAUGUCAGUGUGGUGGGCGGUGCGCGUCUAUUGGCGAUUCCAGCUCGACUUUGCUUUAUGACUAUUUUUGUGUUAAUUUAUUACUUUGUUUGCUUAGAAUGUUCGUGCAAUAAUUUCCUACGACCGACAAACACUUAUAAAUCAUGAAUCGGAAGCUACACACUCAGCCUCAGUCUGGAAUAGUACAUUGGCUCCUGGCCGAGAUGACCUAAGGCAAUGCCAGCAAAGAAGAAAAGAAAAGGGCACUCAAAGCUAGCUUGAAAAGACAGGCUACACAGCCUCCUCUUCCUAGUAUGGAAAAUAAACUUUGUGAACUCAGAGCAAGGCUUCAAUCGCAGAGGUUCAUCAGGAAAUGCUGUGUCUUGUUUUUCCUCAAAAGUGGCUUACGGACAACACACUCGACUCUGCAAUUCAACCAGAAGGCUUUUCCAUAUUCCAAAAGGGUCGAACGGCGGAUUCUGGACAUGAGCCCUAGGACCAUGCCUCAGGACUACCUGGCCUGAUGACUCCUUGCUGUCCCCAGUCCACCUGGUCGUGCUGCUGCUCCAGUUUCAACUCUUCUGCCUGCGGCUAUGGAACUAUUGCCUGUUCACCAGACGUGCUACCUUGUCCCAGACCUGCUGCUUUAAACUCUCUAGAGACCGCAGGUGUGGUAGAGAUACUCUCAAUGAUCGGCUAUGAAAAGCCAACUGACAUUUACUUCUGAGGUGCUGACCUGUUGCACCCUCGACAACCACUGUGAUUAUUAUUAUCUGACCCUGCUGGUCAUCUAUGUACAUUUGAACAUCUUGGCCAUGUUCUGUUAUAAUCUCCACCCGGCACAGCCAGAAGAGGACUGGCCAUCCCUCAAAGCCUGAUUCCUCUCUAGGUUUCUUCCUAGGUUCCGGCCUUUCUAGGGAGUUUUUCCUAGCCACCGUGCUUCUACACCUGCAUUGCUUGCUGUUUGGGGUUUUAGGCUGAGUUUCUGUACAGCACUUUCUGACAUCAGCUGAAGUAAGAAGGGCUUUAUAAAUACAUUUGAUUGAUUGAUUUGAAGGUGGAAAGAAAUUGCAUUAUUAAAUUAACUUUUAAGAAGGAAGAUGUUAAUUUCAAUGCAUUCCAGGUGAGUACAGGGUGAAUUGAGAAACCUGCCUAUUUUCCUCGAAAUUACGCAACGUCACUAUUCCAAAGCUCUACGAUAUUAAAGAGAACAAGUUAAUUAGCUAACAUCUCUGAAAAUAUUUGCAAUGUUGUUCUUGUUGACGAAAUUCAUGCUAAUGUUGGUAUUUUGAGCUAGCGCCCAAUUGACUCCCAUACACCUCAUGAAGGAGCGCUAUCCUUGUCCCAGAAUGCAGCGCACGGUCCAUUGACUACACAUGGGAAACGUACACAAUGGCCGUUAAUACGAUUCCAAUGGAGUUUCCCAUCUCUCAAAAGUAUCUCUGAACAACCUCUCAUUGCAAGGUUGCCAUAAAGUGUUUCUUUACAUGACCUUUGUUAAACAGUUUAGUGAAUCUACUCAAUACACAGUGACUGUUCCUGAGUGGCAGGGUUACAGUUUUGACUUAAAUCUGCUUGAAAAUCUAAGACAACACUUAAAAAUGGUUGAAAAGAAAAAUUCUGCGAGGAUUGGCAACAACGCCUUCUCCACACUGACUCUUAACACAGGGUCCCCCCAGGGGUGUGUCCUUAAGCCUCUGCUGUACUCCCUGUUCACCCACGACUGUGGCUUUGCACGACACCAACUCCACCAAGUUUGUAGGCCUGAUAGGCAACAACGAGUCAGCCUAUAGGGAGGAGGUAAGUGAACUAUGUCAUGACAACCUCUCCCUCAAUAUCAGCAAAACAAAGGAGUUGAUUGUUGAAUACAGGAAGCAGAGAAGGGAACAUGGCCCGAUCCACAUCAACGGGACUGCAGCAUCCACAUUAAUGAGGCCUUGUCAUGAACCAACACCACCACUCUUGUCAAGAGGGUGAAACAGCGUCUAUACUUCCUAAGGCGGCUGAAGAAAUUUCCAAAUACUACCGCUGCGCCACCGAGAGCAUCCUGACCGGUUGCACUACAGCCUGGUACGGCCCUCCAGCGGGUGGUGAAGACAGCUCAGUACAUCACUGGGACCGUGAUCCCACCCAUCCAGGACAUCUACUUAAAACGGUGCCUGAGGAAUGGCACGCAACAUCGUCAAGAACCCCACACACGAGCUGGUCUCUCCCUUACCGUCGGGUCGACGGUAUCGGAGCAUGAGGUCUGAUAGAAACUGUCUCUGAGCCUGUUGGUAUCUACAAGCCAUCAGACUGCUGAACACUUAAACUAACCACCUGCUAAGAUUUUCCGCACCCUAGCACAAAUGCACCCACUCAUGCACACACCCACACCACAACUGCUGCUACCAGACUCUAAGUAUACUGCUCAAUUUAUUCACUUGCCCCCCAUCCCCAAUACACAUGUAAAUAUUGUACUAUAAAUUGUGCCUUCCUGUAUUAUACCAUUGUUCCUGUUCCCAUGAAAGCUAAGGUAUCUGAGCUAAACGACUACCGCCCCGUAGCACUCACUUCCGUCAUCAUGAAGUGCUUUGAAAGACUAGUCAAGGACCAUAUCACCUCCACCCUACCUGACACCCUAGACCCACUCCAAUUUGCUUACCGACCCAAUAGGUCCACAGACGACGCAAUCGCAACCACACUGCACACUUCCCUAACCCAUCUGGACAAGAGGAAUACCUAUGUGAGAAUGCUGUUCAUCGACUACAGCUCAGCAUUUAACACCAUAGUACCCUCCAAACUCGUCAUCAAGCUCGAGACCCUGGGUCUCGACCCCGCCCUGUGCAACUGGGUCCUGGACUUCGACGGGCCGCCCCCAGGUGGUGAGGGUAGGUAACAACAUCUCCACCCCACUGAUCCUCAACACUGGGGCCCCACAAGGGUGUGUUCUGAGCCCUCUCCUGUACUCCCUGUUCACCCACGACUGCGUGGCCAUGCACGCCUCCAACUCAAUCAUCAAGUUUGCAGAUGACACUACAGUGGUAGGCUUGAUUACCAACAACGACAAGACGGCCUACAGGGAGGAGGUGAGGGCCCUCGGAGUGUGGUGUCAGGAAAAUAACCUCAUACUCAAUGUCAACAAAACAAAGGAGAUGAUUGUGGACUUCAGGAAACAGCAGAGGGAGCACCCCCCUAUCCACAUCGACGGGUCAGUAGUGGAGAAGGUGGAAAGUUUUAAGUUCCUCGGUGUACACAUCACGGACAAACUGAAUUGGUCCAACCACACAGACAACGUUGUGAAGAAGGCGCAGCAGCGCCUCUUCAACCUCAGGAGGCUGAAGAAAUUCAGCUUGUCACCAAAAGCACUCACAAACUUCUACAGAUGCACAAUCGAGAGCAUCCUGUCAGGCUGUAUCACCGCCUGGUACGGCAACUGCUCCGCCCACAACCGUAAGGCUCUCCAGAGGGUAGUGAGGUCUGCACAACGCAUCACAGGGGGCAAACUACCUGCCCUCCAGGACACCUACACCACCCGAUGUCACAGGAAGGCCAUAAAGAUCAUCAAGAACAACAACCACCCGAGACACUGCCUGUUCACCCCGCUAUCAUCCAGAAGGCGAGGUCAGUACAGGUGCAUCAAAGCAGGAACCGAGAGACUGAAAAACAGCUUCUAUCUCAAGGCCAUCAGCCUGUUAAACAGCCACCACUAACAUUUAGUGGCCGCUGCCAACAUACUGACUCAACUCCAGCCACUUUAAUAAUGGGAAUUGAUGGAAAUUAUGUAAAAAUGUAUCCCUAGCCACUUUAAACAAUGCCACUUAAUAUAAUGUUUACAUACCCUAAAUUACUCAUCUCAUAUGUAUAUGCUGUACUCUAUAUCAUCUACUGCAUCUUGCCAUCUUUAUGUAAUACAUGUAUCACUAGCCACUUUAAACUAUGCCACUUUAUGUUUAUAUACCCUACAUUACUCGUCUCAUAUGUAUAUACUGUACUCUAUACCAUCUACUGCAUCUUGCCUAUGCCGUUCUGUACCAUCACUCAUUCAUAUAGCUUUUCUUUAUCCCUUUACACUUGUGUGUAUAAGGUAGUAGUUGUGGAAUUGUUAGGUUAGAUUACUUGUUGGUUAUUACUGCAUUGUCGGAACUAUAAGCACAAGCAUUUCGCUACACUCGCAUUAACAUCUGCUAACCAUGUGUACGUGACAAAUAAAAUGUGAUUUGAUUUAUCUAUUCUACUGCCAUUUACUUUCUGUUCAUAUUCUUCUCUUUUUUAUUUUUUAUUAUUGUUGCAUUGUUGAAAAUGAACCUGAAAGUAAGCCUAUAGUUGGACGAUGUAUACCAUGUGUAUCCUGUACAUAUGACUAAUAAAACGUUAAACUUGA